AUGGGGUCCCUGUUCCGGAGCGAGACCAUGUGCCUGGCGCAGCUCUUCCUGCAGUCCGGCACGGCCUACGAGUGCCUCAGCGCCCUGGGCGAGAAGGGCCUGGUCCAGUUCCGAGACCUCAACCAGAAUGUAAGUUCCUUCCAAAGAAAAUUUGUUGGUGAGGUGAAGAGGUGUGAAGAACUAGAACGAAUAUUAGCAUAUUUGGUACAGGAAAUUAAUAGAGCUGAUAUUCCCCUGCCUGAGGGAGAGACCAGUCCUCCAGCACCCCCUCUGAAACAAGUCCUAGAAAUGCAGGAGCAGCUGCAGAAGCUCGAGGUUGAGCUGAGAGAAGUCACCAAGAACAAGGAGAAACUGAGGAAGAACCUGCUUGAACUGAUUGAGUACACUCACAUGCUCAGAGUGACAAAAACCUUCGUUAAACGAAACGUGGAGUUUGAACCUACUUAUGAAGAAUUCCCUCCCUUAGAGAAUGAGUCCUUGUUGGACUACAGCUGUAUGCAGAGGCUGGGAGCAAAACUGGGGUUUGUAUCCGGCCUAAUUAACCAAGGGAGAGUUGAAGCAUUUGAGAAAAUGCUGUGGAGGGUCUGCAAAGGGUAUACCAUCGUGACCUAUGCAGAACUGGAUGAGCCCCUCGAGGACCCUGAAACUGGAGAAGUCAUAAAGUGGUAUGUGUUUUUAAUAUCCUUUUGGGGAGAGCAGAUUGGCCACAAGGUUAAGAAGAUAUGUGAUUGUUACCACUGCCACGUUUACCCCUACCCGAAUACAGCUGAGGAGCGGAAGGAGAUUCAGGAGGGGCUCAAUACCCGGAUUCAGGAUCUCUACACUGUGCUCCACAAAACCGAGGAUUAUUUAAGGCAAGUGCUGUGUAAAGCCGCCGAAUCCGUCUACAGCCACGUCAUCCAGGUGAAGAAGAUGAAAGCCAUUUACCACAUGCUGAACAUGUGCAGCUUCGACGUGACCAACAAGUGCCUCAUCGCCGAAGUCUGGUGUCCUGAGGCUGAUCUGCACGAGCUGCGCCGGGCGCUCGAGGAGGGGUCGAGAGAGAGCGGUGCUACAAUCCCCUCAUUUAUGAACACCAUCCCAACAAAAGAAACCCCCCCGACUCUAAUCCGCACCAACAAAUUCACCGAGGGCUUUCAGAACAUUGUGGACGCCUAUGGAGUCGGGAGCUACAGAGAAGUGAACCCAGCUCUCUUCACCAUCAUCACUUUCCCCUUUCUGUUCGCCGUGAUGUUCGGAGACUUCGGACAUGGCUUCGUGAUGUUCUUGUUUGCCCUCUUGCUGGUGUUAAAUGAAAACCACCCCAGACUAAAUCAGUCACAAGAGAUCAUGCGCAUGUUUUUCAAUGGCCGAUACAUCCUCCUGCUGAUGGGGCUGUUCUCCGUGUACACGGGCCUCAUCUACAACGACUGCUUUUCAAAGUCGGUCAACCUGUUCGGCUCUGGGUGGAGCGUGUCAGCCAUGUACAGUUCCAGCCACACCCCUGCGGAGCAGAAGAAGAUGGGGCUCUGGAAUGACAGCGUCGUCAGGCACAACAGGGUUUUGCAGUUGGACCCGAGCAUUCCUGGAGUGUUCCAAGGCCCUUACCCUCUUGGUAUCGAUCCCAUUUGGAACUUGGCCACAAAUCGCCUCACUUUCCUAAACUCUUUCAAAAUGAAAAUGUCUGUGAUUUUAGGAAUUAUUCACAUGACUUUUGGAGUCAUUCUGGGAAUAUUUAACCACCUGCAUUUCCGGAAGAAGUUCAAUAUUUAUUUGGUUUCUGUCCCGGAACUUCUCUUUAUGCUGUGCAUCUUUGGAUACCUUAUAUUUAUGAUCGUCUAUAAGUGGCUGGUUUAUUCGGCAGAAACCUCCAGAGUUGCUCCCAGCAUUCUGAUUGAAUUUAUUAACAUGUUUUUAUUCCCGGCUAGUGAAACGAAUGGUCUUUACUCAGGGCAGGAGCAUGUCCAGAGGUUGCUGCUGGCCGUCACGGCGCUGUCCGUUCCCGUUCUCUUCUUGGGAAAACCACUCUUCUUGCUGUGGCUCCACAACGGGCGCAGCUGCUUUGGCGUGAGCCGGAGUGGUUACACACUCGUAAGGAAAGACAGCGAGGAGGAAGUUUCUCUACUGGGAAGCCAAGACAUAGAAGAGGGAAAUAACCAAAUAGAAGAUGGAUAUAGAGAAAUGAUGUGUGAAGAGUUUAAUUUUGGAGAGAUACUGAUGACCCAAGUGAUUCAUUCCAUCGAGUACUGUCUGGGGUGCAUCUCCAACACCGCUUCAUACCUGAGGCUCUGGGCUCUUAGCCUGGCCCACGCACAGCUGUCUGACGUCCUGUGGACCAUGCUGGUGCGCGUGGGCCUCCGGGUAGACACCACUUACGGAGUCUUGCUGCUGCUACCAGUAAUCGCUCUCUUUGCAGUGUUGACAAUUUUCAUCCUUUUGAUCAUGGAAGGCCUUUCUGCGUUUCUCCACGCCAUACGCCUCCACUGGGUAGAAUUUCAGAACAAGUUCUACGUUGGUGCAGGCACCAAGUUUGUUCCUUUCUCAUUCAGACUACUUUCGUCGAAGUUCAGUGACGACGUGGCAUGA